AUGCGUGGAAUGUGUUUUUACCCCAGUAAAACACAUUGCCAGGUGUUUGUUCUCCUGGUGGUGGUGGAUGUAGCCACCCAGGAAAAUGGUCCAGAUUUGUCUUCAGCGAAGCGGAAGUUUGCAGAUUCCUUAAAUGAAUUUAAAUUUCAGUGCAUAGGAGAUGCAGAAACAGAUGAUGAGAUGUGUAUAGCGAGGUCUUUGCAAGAGUUUGCCACUGUCCUCAGGAAUCUUGAAGAUGAACGGAUACGGAUGAUUGAGAAUGCCAGUGAGGUGCUCAUCACCCCCUUGGAGAAGUUUCGAAAGGAGCAGAUCGGGGCUGCCAAGGAAGCCAAAAAGAAGUAUGACAAAGAGACAGAGAAGUAUUGUGGCAUCUUAGAAAAACACUUGAAUUUAUCUUCCAAAAAGAAAGAAUCUCAGCUGCAGGAGGCAGACAGCCAGGUGGACCUGGUCCGGCAGCAUUUCUACGAAGUGUCCCUGGAAUACGUCUUCAAGGUGCAGGAAGUCCAAGAGAGAAAGAUGUUUGAGUUUGUGGAGCCUCUGCUGGCCUUCCUGCAAGGACUCUUCACUUUCUACCACCAUGGUUAUGAACUGGCCAAGGAUUUCGGCGACUUCAAGACACAGUUGACCAUCAGCAUACAGAACACAAGAAAUCGCUUUGAAGGCACCAGGUCAGAGGUGGAAUCACUGAUGAAAAAGAUGAAGGAGAAUCCCCUGGAGCACAAGACCAUCAGUCCCUACACCAUGGAAGGAUACCUCUAUGUGCAGGAGAAACGCCACUUUGGAACUUCCUGGGUGAAGCACUACUGUACAUAUCAGCGGGAUUCCAAACAAAUCACUAUGGUACCAUUUGACCAAAAGUCAGGAGGAAAAGGGGGUGAAGAUGAAUCAGUCACCCUCAAAUCCUGCACGCGGCGGAAAACAGACUCCAUUGAGAAGAGGUUUUGCUUCGAUGUGGAAGCAGUAGACAGGCCAGGGGUUAUCACCAUGCAGGCAUUGUCAGAAGAGGACCGGAGGCUCUGGAUGGAAGCCAUGGAUGGCCGGGAACCUGUCUACAACUCGAACAAAGACAGCCAGAGCGAAGGGACUGCGCAGUUGGACAGCGUUGGCUUCAGCAUAAUCAGGAAAUGCAUCCACGCUGUGGAAACCAGAGGGAUCAAUGAGCAAGGGCUGUACCGAAUCGUGGGGGUCAACUCCAGAGUGCAGAAAUUGCUGAGUGUCCUGAUGGACCCCAAGACAGCUUCCGAGACAGAAACAGAUAUCUGUGCUGAAUGGGAGAUAAAGACCAUCACUAGUGCUCUGAAGACCUACCUAAGAAUGCUUCCGGGACCACUCAUGAUGUACCAGUUUCAAAGAAGUUUCAUCAAAGCAGCAAAGCUAGAAAACCAGGAAUCUCGGAUCUCUGAAAUCCACAGCCUUGUCCAUCGGCUCCCAGAGAAAAAUCGGCAGAUGUUACAGCUGCUCAUGAACCACUUGGCAAAUGUUGCUAACAACCACAAGCAGAAUUUGAUGACGGUGGCAAACCUUGGUGUAGUGUUUGGACCCACUCUGCUGCGGCCUCAGGAAGAAACAGUAGCAGCCAUCAUGGAUAUCAAAUUUCAGAACAUUGUCAUUGAGAUCCUAAUAGAAAACCAUGAAAAGAUAUUUAACACCGUGCCUGAUGCGCCUCUCACCAAUGCCCAGCUGCACUUGUCUCGGAAGAAGAGCAGCGACUCCAAGCCCCCGUCCUGCAGCGAGAGACCCCUGACGCUGUUCCACGCUGUGCAGUCAACAGAGAAACAGGAACAAAGGAACAGCAUCAUCAACUCCAGUUUGGAAUCUGUCUCAUCAAACCCAAACAGCAUCCUUAAUUCCAGCAGCAGCUUACAGCCCAACAUGAACUCCAGUGAUCCAGACCUGGAUGUGGUCAAACCCACCCGGCCCAACUCACUCCCCCCGAAUCCAAGCCCAACUUCACCCCUCUCGCCAUCUUGGCCCAUGUUCUCGGCGCCAUCCAGCCCUAUGCCCACCUCAUCCACGUCCAGCGACUCAUCCCCCGCCAGGUCUGUUGCAGGGUUUGUUUGGUUUUCUGUUGCUGCUGUUGUUCUCUCAUUGGCUUGGUCCUCUCUUCAUGCAGUGUUCAGCCUCCUCGUCAACUUUGUUCCCUGCCAUCCAAACCUGCACUUGCUUUUUGACAGGCCAGAAGAAGCGGUUCAUGAAGACUCCAGCACACCGUUCCGGAAGGCGAAAGCCUUGUACGCCUGCAAAGCUGAACAUGACUCAGAACUUUCAUUCACGGCAGGCACGGUCUUCGAUAACGUUCGUCCAUCUCAGGAGCCUGGCUGGUUGGAGGGGACUCUGAACGGAAAGACUGGCCUCAUCCCCGAGAACUACGUGGAGUUCCUCUAACCAUGGGCCCCAGCAGAACUGCUGAGCUUUCCGUGGUAUCCAUGACGACCGCUGAUUCCAGUGUCGUCAGCCAUUUCUCUCUGCCACUGAGAAAUGCAGCGUGGCUGACUCUGUUGCUACCUGUCAACACGAACGUUUCUGUGAACUCUGGUGUCGCCCAUCUCCAUGAUCAUCUCAGCUGACCCUCGGUGAUACUGCAAGAAACAGAAGUCAAUCAGCAGAGGAAGCCAUUUGAUUUUGACAACCGAGAGAAAGGCUUGCAAAGCCACUCUCUCAUGAGUACCCCUAACUAGGGAGCACUCAUUUUGUUUCAACAGUCGUCUAAACCCCCAACCUUCUGAAAGAGGAAGUGAGAUAUAAGUAGUUCCCGAGAGCACACAGCAUAGCUAAGUCUGACAGGGCUGGGCGAAGACAUUGGCACCGAGAUCCAGUCCAGGUCCAUUGCUUUUGUUUACGGUAGACACUCUCUCUACCCCACCUCUAAAUACUUGAGACCACAGUGCUACAGGCGGCUGGGUCUGUCUGUUUGCACGCAGGAUGAAGAGGGGUUACGGCAGUGUUUAUGUAAGAUCCAAUCUCUCACCAUCUCUGAAGCAGCUGUUGGUCCAUCAGCAGAAUUCAGUCCAGGCCUCUCAUGCAAGGGAACACCCCCUCGCCCCACCACGUUUCCUCCCUGCCAGCUAGGAACUUCUCUGCCACUUAGGGCUGCCAUCGCCUAGUAACCACGGCAACCCAACCUACUCUAAAACCAAACCAAAAAAAAAAAAAUACUCUCUUCGCAUGACACAUUUUUUCAACCCCCUUUUGGUAGUUUUUUUAAAUGGUUUUCCAACAACCUGAAGCAGAAAAUCAAAGAACUAGGAUGGUCUACUUGGGGCAGACAGGAUUAGCAGCUGGGAACUGUUCCCUUUCUGAUGAAUUCCAACAUCAUCAGGAUAUAUUUGGAGCAAACUCUAGUAACCUCUUGAGAUUAAAUUACGUACAGGCUUAAUAUUUCUGUUCUUCCAUGCAACUGGUGUUUGCUUUCUAGAGGGUAAGGUGCUGCCUCCCUAUGGGUGACACCAUCCCUUUAUCUAACAGGUUUCCCCGUGUCCUGUGUUCACUCAUCCCUGUCCCUGCCUGCCUCUAACCCGCCAUUGACCAGCCCCCUGGCACUGCUCUAGGCUGCUGAAUACCAGUGGGUGCCCUGGUGAUUUUCCAGGAUAAUUCCUGGGCUAACCCCACGACCUACAGUUUAAAGGGACAUCUAUGUUCACUGCCACUCAGAAAAAGGGAAUUCUCAGUCUUUCAAGGCAUGAGACUAAUAUAAGCUGUUGUGAUUCAGGAAGACACCAAAAGGUUGGGGCAUGGAGGGUGGGAUGGGUACCUUCUGAGAAAGGGAAUUUUCUGGUCAAAAGGGUCUGUGUCUUGGGGAAGACUGCCUUGGAUAUGGAAGUUCUGCCUGGACAUUUUGAGUUCACCUGGCUUCCAAAGAGCAGAGUCAUCAGUACCUUCCACACGUAAACGUCCUUGCAAGAGUGACUCUGGACAAACUGCAGACUGAUGGACCAUCAAGCUCCCUAGGAGCCCCUCGAAUGGCAGCCUUGCUCCAGAGAG